CUUGUCGCACUGAUAUCAAUUGGCAGUUUUGUAGACAUCCAAGACAAAAUAUUUAAAAAAAAAAUAAAAAAGUUAAAAAAAGUAUACAUCCAUCAUCCAUCAAAAAAGUCAACCAGAAGAAUUAUUAGCAAUUUUUCAAUGUUUUUAUAGAAUAGGAAAUGUGAUACAUCAAUAAUUUGAUUACCUAUUCGUUUCCAUUAACUCCUGUUACAUUAUGUGUAAAACUUUAACACAGGAACAUCUAUUAUUGAGACAUCAAUGUGAGAUGAUUUCGUGUUGAGAUCUGUCAGCAGACCAAUAUCAAUAAUGGGAUCCAUGCGACCUACUGGGAGGUUUCUAUCCUUCACCAACAACAUUCAAAGAACACAGAAACAAUCUGUGCCUAGUGGAUUUCCACAAAGCUUAUCUGGCAGUGAGACUGAUGUUUCUACGUCCAAUGAAAAUCUGUCUAGAGAAGAGCGGUAUGUGGUGCGCCACACAGCCCGCGUGGAGCCCCAAGGGCAGGAGAACCAGAGUGAAUCCAACAGCAGUAAUAAUAACAAUCGAAACUCUUUGAAGGAAAGUAACAGCAGCAAUAGAAAUUCACUCAAAGACUCUGUUGGUGGAGGCAACAGUAACAGGAGCUCUCUAGAUGUAUCAUCUUCAUCAUACAACACACUUAUCAUCCACAACCAGGAUGAUUCCUGGCCUCCUCGACCCACUCCAAUUCGAGAACACGAACGAACAAGCAGUGAAGUGAAACACAACCCCACUCAGUCUUCUCCGUACCACACACUCAAGAAGAGCGAGGUUGGGAAGAAGCCCAGUGGUAUUCCGUUGCCCAAAAUGCACAAGGAGCAAUCGGUGACUACGACAGCAAAUUAUAUCGACAUUGGGGGACAGCGGAUAUACACCAGCCCUCCUGAUCAUGGAGUUCAGGAAAUAACCGAGAUCCCAGACGACUUCCUAAACCAGUCGUCGGUGCUCAAACACCUGGCGAAGGAGGUGGCGCAGUCGCCGAGCCCGCGCGGGCCCACGCCGCCCGCGUCACCGCGCGCGCCUCCGCAGAAGCCUAAGGGCAAAGCCUCUAAAGCUAAGCUGAGCAAGGAGAAGCUUAACUUGUCGAGGUCCCAACCCGAUCUGACUAGUGUGGGCGUUCGCGCGGUCCCCGGCGGAUCUGAAUCAAGCGGCUGGUGCAGCGGCGGCGAGGGCUCGGCCGAGGAGCCCGACGAUGCCUUCGCUGCAGUACUAGACGCCCUCGCGGCAGAGAACCACCAGCUCAAGCGACAGCUGGCCGACGCGUGCGAGCGGGUCGCCAAGACCACCAAGAGAACCACCAGCUCAAGCGACAGCUUCCCACCAAGGUAUGUGGUCAUGGCCAUUAGAUCCGGCUCAGAGUCCAUAGGCUUGUCUAGUAGCGGCGAGGGCUCGGCCGAGGAGCCUGACGACGCCUUCGCUGCAGUACUAGACGCGCUCGCGGCAGAGAACCACCAGCUCAAGCGACAGCUGGCCGACGCUUGCGAGCGGGUCGCCAAGACCACCAAGGCUGGUGUAGUAGCGGCUGAGGAGCUCGACGAUGCCUUCGCUGCAGUACUAGACGCCCUUGCGGCUGAGAACCACCAGCUCAAGCGACAGCUGGCCGACGCUUGCGAGCGGGUCGCCAAGACCACCAAGGCUGGUGUAGUAGCGGCUGAGGAGCCAGACGACCCCUUCGCUGCCCUAUUGGACGCUCUUGCGGCAGAGAACCACCAGCUCAAGCGACAGCUGGCCGACGCUUGCGAGCGGGUCGCCAAGACCACCAAGGCUGGUGUAGUAGCGGCUGAGGAGCCAGACGACCCCUUCGCUGCCCUAUUGGACGCUCUUGCGGCAGAGAACCACCAGCUCAAGCGACAGCUGGCCGACGCUUGCGAGCGGGUCGCCAAGACCACCAAGCUGGAAGAAGAAGUCGAGAAAGUUCGCACCGCCCACGAGGAGCUAGUUGGCUCCUGCGAACGUCGGGAGCGCCUGGAGAGGGCCGCGCGCGUGCGACUGCAGGCCGACUGCCGCCGUCUACAUGACCUCAACCGCGCGCUCAAGCAGCAGGUGGAUCUCCUGUCGCAAGGCGUGCGCGCCGAAGGCGACAGCAAUGCUGAAGCGCUGCGCAAGGAGCUACAAAAUAGAGAAAUGCUCAUCGCCCAGCUCAUCACACAAAACAAGGAGCUGGCGUGCGCGAAAGAGCGGCAAGAAAUCGAAAUGUCUGCGCAGCGGGCAACACUGCAGGAACAGCGCACGCACAUCGACAUCCUCGACACCGCGCUCACCAACGCGCAGGCCAACGUCGUACGCCUCGAGGACGAGUGUCGUCACGCGAGCGGUUACGUGGAGCGCGUGAUGGGCUUGCAGCGAGCGCUGGCGUCGUUGCAACAAGCGUCCGACCGUCGUGAGCACACCGAGAGGAAACUACGCGCGCAACUGGAGAAGGAGUUGCAGACUUUGAGGAAACGCGAGUGCUACUGCGGCGGGCCGGGCGCCGGCGGCGGGUCGGGCGGCGGCGACGAGGCCGAGCUGCGGCGGCUGCUGCGCGAGCGCGACGAGCGGCUGCUGGCGCUCGAGGGCGAGUGCGCCAAGUGGGAGCAGCGCUACCUCGAGGAGGCCGCGCUGCGCCAGGCCGCCGUGUCCGCCGCCUCCAUCCCCAAGCUGCGGCGGCUGCGCGAGCGCGACGAGCGGCUGCUGGCGCUCGAGGGCGAGUGCGCCAAGUGGGAGCAGCGCUACCUCGAGGAGGCCGCGCUGCGCCAGGCCGCCGUGCUGCGGCGGCUGCGCGAGCGCGACGAGCGGCUGCUGGCGCUCGAGGGCGAGUGCGCCAAGUGGGAGCAGCGCUACCUCGAGGAGGCCGCGCUGCGCCAGGCCGCCGUGUCCGCCGCCUCCAUCCCCAAGCUGCGGCGGCUGCGCGAGCGCGACGAGCGGCUGCUGGCGCUCGAGGGCGAGUGCGCCAAGUGGGAGCAGCGCUACCUCGAGGAGGCCGCGCUGCGCCAGGCCGCCGUGUCCGCCGCCUCCAUCCCCAAGCUGCGGCGGCUGCGCGAGCGCGACGAGCGGCUGCUGGCGCUCGAGGGCGAGUGCGCCAAGUGGGAGCAGCGCUACCUCGAGGAGGCCGCGCUGCGCCAGGCCGCCGUGUCCGCCGCCUCCAUCCCCAAGCUGCGGCGGCUGCGCGAGCGCGACGAGCGGCUGCUGGCGCUCGAGGGCGAGUGCGCCAAGUGGGAGCAGCGCUACCUCGAGGAGGCCGCGCUGCGCCAGGCCGCCGUGUCCGCCGCCUCCAUCCCCAAGCUGCGGCGGCUGCGCGAGCGCGACGAGCGGCUGCUGGCGCUCGAGGGCGAGUGCGCCAAGUGGGAGCAGCGCUACCUCGAGGAGGCCGCGCUGCGCCAGGCCGCCGUGUCCGCCGCCUCCAUCCCCAAGCUGCGGCGGCUGCGCGAGCGCGACGAGCGGCUGCUGGCGCUCGAGGGCGAGUGCGCCAAGUGGGAGCAGCGCUACCUCGAGGAGGCCGCGCUGCGCCAGGCCGCCGUGUCCGCCGCCUCCAUCCCCAAGCUGCGGCGGCUGCGCGAGCGCGACGAGCGGCUGCUGGCGCUCGAGGGCGAGUGCGCCAAGUGGGAGCAGCGCUACCUCGAGGAGGCCGCGCUGCGCCAGGCCGCCGUGUCCGCCGCCUCCAUCCCCAAGCUGCGGCGGCUGCGCGAGCGCGACGAGCGGCUGCUGGCGCUGGAGGGCGAGUGCGCCAAGUGGGAGCAGCGCUACCUCGAGGAGGCCGCGCUGCGCCAGGCCGCCGUGUCCGCCGCCUCCAUCCCCAAGGACGCGAAGAUAGCAGCUUUAGAGAAGACUUCAGCAGAAUCGGAGCGUCUCAUGGCGGAAGCGCGUAGCGAGAAGAUCCGCCACAUGGAUGAACUACACCUCGCGCAGAAGAAAGUCGCCGACCUCGAAAGCAGAGUCAAAGAGCUGGAAUCGAAGGUAGCAGAACGCGACGCGAUGAUCAAGGUGCUGCAGAAACACACCAGCUCCGCCUACGAUAGCGGCGCGUCUCUCAGGAACAACUCUAGCAGGGAGGAACUAGUGGGCCUGUCGUCAGGCGCCUCAUUCUCUAGCGCGGAAGGCGUGGGUGCGGGCGGCGUGGCGGGCCGCUACCGGCACCUGGCGCGCCGCAACUACUCGCCGCACAAUGACAACUCUAGCGGCUGCGGCUUCGACAGCUCAUCCUUACGGCUGGACUCGCAGUUAGCUGCGCUGGAGUCGCGGCUGGAGCGGCCCGUGCCCGCCGUGAGUUACCCCGCCCCCCUCCCGCAGGGCCCGCCCCCGCCGCACUCCAGUCCCCGCCCACACGCCAGCUACUACUGA